AUGAAUGCCAAAACUAAAGCCGAGUGUCCAUGCCAACGGUGGUACAGUUUUCAUCGCCUCCCACAAGAAGAUGAACCAAAACGAACAUGGCUUAAGAACUUAAACCUAAAAGAGCCCCCCAAACAUCUGUUUGUGUGCUCGUUUCACUUCAUUGACAAGAAGCCAACACAGGAUAACCCGUACCCAACGCUUUUUCUCGGUUACGAGAAGCCACCGGAGAAGAGACGCCGACCCAGGACUCGACAUGUCACAGAUGAGCCUGAUGUGAUGGAGGUUUCUGGGGAGCCAGGCCCUACUUCACAGACCUUCCAUGAUGCCCAAACACAGUGGUCAGACCCAGCAAUGGAGGACCACAUCUACUCCAAAGGACCU